AAAAAAAUUAAAAAAUUUUAUUUUUUUAUCUUAUUUAAGAGGUGGUUCUUAGUUUUUUUAGUUAAAAAUUAAGAGACGGCUUCUUAUAUUCCGCUAAUAACCCCAUCAUAAGAAUUUCCUGUUAAUCAUGCUCUUAUCAUCUAAUUUGUUGGGUUAUUUAUCUUCUUCUAAAUGUUUUCUUCUAUGUAAGCUGAUAUCUCAUUUUAUUGUCCAUUGAUUUAUAGCAUUCAGUGUGCCCCUCAUGUUGUCAAUUUAAUGUUUUAUUUUCCUUGUUUUGGGCCAUAUGCUCAUGUGUGGUCCAUCUUAUUAAUUUCAGAUAUUUCUUUUCUUUCUUUUUUAUUCCCAGUAAAGCAUGAAUUAUUUACUUAUAAAUAAUCGUAUUGUUAUGCUUAGAAUACAAAUCCAUAAUUUCUUCUUUUGAUGUGAGCCAUAAUUAAUAAGGAAACUUUCAUUUGUUAAACCAAUUAUAAAAAAAAACACUUUCAUUUGUUUUAGUGUAUAUCAGUAUAUCACUAAGUAAUAUGAUUGAUCUUUUUUAUGCACCUUGGAUUAGUCUAAUCAAGGCAAAAAUGUUAACAGAACAAAAGUGUCUGAUCACAUGGUCUAUGAUUUUAUCUAAUUACCGACCCUCUCAUGCUAUUGUCCUUCUUCUCUGUCUAACGAGUAUUUGAUAUAUACUUCCAGUUUCUGGCAUCUGCAAUGAAUGAAUCUUAUAUGAAAAGUAGAUACCUAUAGUUUUCAAAGGAGUUAUGAGAUGUGUUAUUAUUCCGUGGUAAGUAAUUUAAUAAUGUGAUAUCUAGUCAUUAUACUAACAAAUCCCUCAGUUAACACAGUAUCCAGAGUGUAUAUACUAAAAAUAAAUGAAUGAAAGUACGUGAAAUCACAUGAUACGUUACACAAACCCUACAUAAACUAGAGUCACGCUAUCUUGUCGAAAGUUUUGAAUCUCUUGUUUAUUUUCUAGCGUUGGAAUCAUGAAAAGAAACAUAGAAGAAUGUAAACUAUUUAUUGCUUAGUCAACUAUUUGUCUCUCUGUUCUCAAGAACAACAAUUAAAAGUUAAAAAGAAGCUUCAAUCUCAAUCUACGAGAGAGGGAGAGAGAGAGAGAGAGAGAGAGAACAUGGGAGGGAUGACAUCUUCAGUGGCGGCGAAGUUAGCCUUCUUCCCGCCGAGUCCGCCGUCUUACAAGGUGGUAACAGACAAGGUGACGGGACAGCUGUUGCUUCUCGCCCCAUUCCCACACCGAGAAAACGUGGAAAUCCACAAGCUUCAGACCCGAAGAGGCACCGAGAUAAUGGCCAUGUACGUGAGGCACCCGAUGGCAAACUCGACGAUGAUCUACUCGCAUGGAAACGCCGCCGAUCUGGGACAAAUGUAUGAGCUCUUCAUCGAGCUUAGCAUCCAUCUCAAGGUUAAUCUCAUGGGAUACGAUUACACGGGGUAUGGACAAUCAACUGGAAAGGUUUGGUCCUUUUCUUACCACAAGUGAAUGGAUUACAUUAUUUCAUGUCUUGAAGAAAUCUACGGCUCUAAACAAGAUGAUGUUAUCCUAUACGGCCAGUCUGUAGGUAGCGGUCCCACGUUAGAUCUGCUACCUCUAUUGAGAGCCGUUGUACUUCACAGCCUCAUCCUCUCCGGUUUAAGAGUAAUGUACGCCGUUAAGAAAACCUACUGGUUCGAUAUCUACAAGAAUAUCGAAAAAAUCACAUAUGUGGAUUGCCCAAUUCUCACCAUUCAUGGGACUGCGGAUGAAGUAGUGGACUGUUGUCAUGGGAAACAACUACGGGAACUGUGCAAAAACAAGUAUGAGCCGCUUUGGAUGAAAGGAGGGAACCACUGUGACCUAAGACACCUCAAAAAAUUCAUCACAACAGUUGAGAGAUUACCUCAAAGGAAGAGCCGAAGAGUGUGGACAGGAGAGAGAAGCCUAGACAGAGCAGAGUGUAAGGCACCGCCAAAGAGUCAUGAGUCGAAGAAAACAAGCAGCAGCAAGCUCAGGAUCUCUUUUGAUCAUCAUCUUGGUCGUCGGUCUAGAAGGAGUGUUGACUGCCAUGACAAGACUCGGAAGAGCGUUGACCACUCCCAUGAGAUUGAGAAUGUUGAUAGAGUACCCUCGGAUUCCUGAGUAAUAUAUAUGAUUAUAAUAUGUAUAGAUGAUGAUUCAAGUACAUAAUGAUAUUGAUUUGUAACU